AUGGGUCUUAAAACUAUCAUUUUUGCACUUGUACUCAUCCUACUCUUAGCAUUUCAAACAAGAGCAGCACGCAGAUUUAACUUCUACAAAGUUGCAUUCCGAUGGCCCAAAUCAUUCUUGAAUACUGCGAAAUCAGUUCAGAGAGGAGGUUCUGGUCAUAAGCCAAUCCUGAGCAAUUUCACCAUACAUGGGCUAUUCCCAAUGUAUUUGGUUAACGAGGUGGUGCCACCCUAUGAUGAGGACAGUGGAUGCACUGAAAGUGAACCAAAGGAUCCAGAUUUUAUUACAAUAGAACUUUUUGAUGAGUAUGAUCUCUUAACCGACAUGAAAACAUAUUGGCCAGAUGUUGUGUACUAUCGAAACAUGACAUCCAACUUACCAAACAUAAAACCCAACAAUGAAAAGUAUAACCAAACAGUCAUCGGAAAUGUUGCCACUGAUUAUGUGAAAAGGAAAGUUGAAAUUAGUUGCAAUACAGAUUCAGAAGGAAAUAGACAAUUGGACGAGAUUAUGGUAUGCUACACCACAAAUGGUAACGAGAGAUCAUGCCCCUAUGGUUUUAGCUAUUGCGGAGAUAAAGAUGAAUUUAUACAAUUUCCAUCAGCAGCUGCUGCUGCUGCUUAG